AGUCUUCUAACUUUCUUUCUACCACAGUCGCAGCCUAUAGCGUUUUAAACGCGAUAAUAUCUCCAACGUAAAGCGUUAAAACUGCGAGUGUAACUGUGAAAAAUCCCCCGUUACUCUGCGUUGCCUUGUUGCGUUUAGUUUACUUACCUUCUGACGGAGUCAAAGAUGCAGCCGCAGAGGCUGAAGAAGGCGAUAACUGAUAACCCCAAGAAGCUUGGGAAUUUGAUUGACCUCGUGAACCUUCCAUCUCCUCUACGUGACUUCCUUGGUCAAUCUCAGAUUUCUCGUCUGGGUUGUUUCAUGCGUGUAUGGUCUUAUAUCAAGACCAACAAUCUUCAGGAUCCAAAGAACAAGAAUGUGGUGAACUGUGAUGGAAAGCUGAAGAGCAUUUUGCUUGGGAAGCAGCGAGUGGAGCUAGUUGAUCUUCCUUCUCUUAUCAAGUUACAUUUCACCAAGACACCACCAAAGUCGAAUUAGAGCUGAAGAGCAAUAAUGUGAUCUUGCUUGGUAGUCGUUUGUUUGUUUUCAUCUCUGUUAUAAUGUGGUGAUCUCAGAGUUUCUGUUUCUCUGGAUCGAAUUUCGUUUCUGUAUUCUUUUGUAAACGGUUUCAAAAUAUCGAUCUUAACUACUUACACAAACAUAUAUUGAUAAAAGAAAAUGGUUCUUUUACAACAUUCUGGAAGCAUGGUUAUAAUUAGACCAAGCAACCUGACUGACUGAUCAUUGGUACAACAAGCUACAAAAUUGUGAGAACGCAGAAAAAAAAGUUAGUAGAAGAAAGAAUGUUUGAUGUAAAGCAAUUAGUUUGUGGUAUGACUUGAUAUGUUGAGU